AUGGCUAGCGUCUCUACAGCCCGUCCUCGCGAUUUCGUUGGGUAUGGAGACUCUCCUCCUAAAUUCAGCUGGCCUAAUGGCAAAAAAGUCGCCAUCAACUUUGCCAUCAACUAUGAGGAAGGCACGGAGCGCAACCCUCUAGUCGGCGAUAACUCACGAGAUUCUCGGACCUGGGUGAGAAGUGCCCUUCCAGAAAGCGAGCGUGACCUCAUGCAGGAGGGUGAGUAUGAAUACGGCACACGAGUUGGCAUUUGGCGUUUGUUGCGCCUGUUCAAGGAAUUUAAGGCUCCAUACAGCGUAUUUCUGUCAUCUGAAGCCCUCGUAGUCAAUCCAGAGUUUGCAGAACUUUUGAAGACAGAGGACUGUGACAUUGUGUCUCACGGUACUCGAUCAAUCAGCCGAGUCGGUCUCACAGAAGAGACGGAGAGAGCAGACCUCCGACGCUCCAUUGAUCAGACCCUGGAUCUCACGGGCAAAAAGAUGCUCGGUGCAUUUCCCAGACCACCAAUAACGGAAAACAGCCGCCGCAUUAUGGCUGAAGAAGGAUUGUUGUUCGACUCGGCUACCACAAAUGAUGAUCGCCCAUAUUUCGCAGAUGUCUCCGGCCGACCUAUGCUCGUCCUCCCAUACGCCGUCGACACUAACGACGCACGCUUUUGGGGUGGCCAAUCUGGACCUGGGUACACCAACUCUACCGACUUCUUCGACUAUCUCAAGGAUGCCUUCGAUGUGUUAUAUCGCGAGUCCGACGAGAGCGGAACAAUGAUGUCGAUUGGGUUACAUGCCCGCAUCAUGCGACCAGGGCGCGUCGCCUCCCUAAUUCGUUUCCUCGAAUACGUGAGCACAUUUGAGGGCGCCUGGAUUGCCAAGCGCAGCAGUAUUGCAGCCCACUACGCCCGCACAUUUGCACCCGCCGAUACAUGGAACCUCGAUGCCGUCUCUGGUCUCCCAUAG